AUGGAAAGUGGUGACUCUAGUGGUGACUCUAACCGCCAACACUGCUGCUUCCGAGAAUGGCAGACCCAGCAAGAAGAGUACCUCUCGGAGCUCCUCCGAGAACUACAGCUCUCUGGCGACGGCCACGACAAAGACACCUUGCUCCGAAACCUAGCUGAGAAAAAUAUCAAACAUUUUCAAGAAUACAUCGACAAGCGAAACCGCCUCGCUCGCGCCGACAUCUCACCCUUCUUCGCACCAGAUUGGUGCACCUCUCUCGAGAGCUCUCUCCUAUGGAUCGCCGGGUGUAGACCCUCUUCGUUUAUCAGACUAAUUUACGCGAUUUGUGGGUCGCAAAUUGAGUCACAACUCACUCAGUUUCUUCAGGGUGUGAGAACUGGUAAUCUCGGCGAGCUCAAUGCGGCGCAGUUGAAUUUGGUGAAUCGGUUGCAGGGAAAAGUGAUUAGGGAAGAAGAGAAGCUGACGAGUCAGAUGGCGAGUUUGCAAGAGGAGAUAGCGGAUCAUCCGAUAUCGGUGAUUGCGAACGGGGCGGUGCGGAACGGUGGCGAUGGGGGGAACACGGAGGUGGAGGAGGCGCUGGAUGAACAUUCAAGGUCUAUGUUGAGAGUGAUGGAGGAGGCUGAUCAGCUAAGGAUGAGUACGCUUAAGGAGUUGAUUGGUAUUCUGACGCCGGUUCAGGCGGUGGAUUUUCUGACGGCGAGUAGGAAGCUUCAUCUCUCUAUUCAUGAAUGGGGGUUGAAGAGAGAUCACUUGCAUGGAAGAAACUAG